AUGAUCAGGCUUCAAUCGUGUCAGGCACUUUAUAGACUGUCACUAUGGCAGAGCAAGGCUACAAUUUCAGUGACAAUUCCAAAAGUGCCAAUCAAAAUAUUGAGCCACACUUCCGCACAACCAAAAUCCUCCCGCUACAUCUUUGAGUUCUCAAACGAAGUCCCGGACAGUUGUAAACGGGAUGCAUAUCUACUGGAUUUGAAUACAGUAUGUUGUGGACGAGCCAACCCACUUUUCAGCCAAUCGAUUCACAUCACGUGCACUUCUCUAUUUACUGCGCUCUCUAGUAACGGUAUUCAGCACACGGCCUGGGCGAAAGCCCUUACUUCCACCUCUGAAAAGCGAAUUGCUAUCAGGGUGACCUUCAACACGCGCGUAGUAAUUGGCCGAAUGAGAAUAGGCAUUAGCCAAUCAGUUGUCGCUGUAUAA